CAGGAACCCCGCCAGGAUGGUGGGGGUGAUCGGCCCUCAAAUGGAAAACAUAUAACCUCCAUCGUACAUACAUGCUGAGAAGGUACCUAGGUAUUUAUAGUUGAGAAAAUCCCUUUCGCUUCUACCUCUUCCUCCUCUUCCUCCUCUUCCUCCUCUUCCUCCUCUUCCUCUCUUCUUCUAUUUCCUCAACCACUACUCCCAUCAUCUAUCUGAUCUCUCACACUUCCCCCCUUCAGAAAUCCCAACUUCUCCCAUAUUACUUACCCCUCCAAACCUUACCCUACCCCUCAAUCACCCCCAUAAUAAAACCAAAAUGGGAUAUCCAGACACCUUCACAGGAUUCCAAAUUGAAGAUCCUGCAAAAUGGACCGAGUUUCACAAGAAUCAAUAUACACCCAAACCAUUCGGCGACUAUGAUGUCGAUAUCAAGAUUUUGGCCUGUGGUGUUUGCGCAAGUGAUUUGCAUACUGUUAGUGGAGGGUGGGGUGAACAGAAGUUUCCGCUUUGUGUGGGGCAUGGUAUGCUUUCCCUACGUUAUUCUUAAUUUGCUGUUUUAUAUUUUCUUUAAUUCCUGAUUUGAAUUGGGAAGGAAGUCAAUCUUCUGAACAAGAAAUCAACCAAAAUGUUCUGGAAAAAACAAUGAAAGUAUACUAAUAUUCCCAACCCGUGCAUAGAAAUCGUAGGCGAAGCCCUCCGCGUCGGCCCAAAAGUAACUCUCAUCAAGCCCGGUCAACGCGUUGGUGUUGGCGCUCAAUCAUACUCCUGUCUCCAAUGUCGUCAGUGCAAAAAUGACAAUGAAACAUAUUGUCGUCACCAACUCGAUACCUAUGGAGCUGUCUGGCCCGAAACGGGUAUCGUAUCCCAAGGUGGCUAUGCUAGCCAUGUGAGAACUCAUGAGCAUUGGGUUUUUCCCAUUCCAGAUGGAUUGAAGUCUGAAGAGGUGGCUCCUAUGUUGUGUGCUGGUUUGACGGCUUAUAGUCCUUUGGUUAGAAAUGGCUGUGGACCGGGAAAGAAGGUGGGUAUUGUGGGAUUGGGAGGAAUUGGUCAUUUUGGUGUUAUGUUUGCUAAGGCUUUGGGGGCUGAGACUUGGGCUAUUUCGAGGUAUGUUGAUAUUACUACCUCAAUUUAUCUAGGGAUGAUUGAGAUGAUCUGAGAUGAACAUUAAACUAAUCCAAAUCCCCAAAAUAGAACCCACGCCAAAGAAGCCGAUGCAAAGAAACUCGGCGCUGAUGGUUUCCUCGCCACCGCAGACAAGGACUGGAACAAAGAGCACAUCAUGACCUUCGACUUGAUAGUCAACACAGCUUCUUCCUCCUCAGGAUUCAAUUUCUCCGAGUACCUCGAGCUCCUCGAUGUACACGGACACUGGGUAUCCGUUGGACUCCCCGAAGGCGAAGGUCAAACCAUCGAUAACUUUGAACUAUUGAAAAACGGCGUUCUCAUCGGAGGAAGUCAUCUGGGUAGCAGAAAAGAGGUUUUGGCUAUGUUGGAUUUGGCCGUGGAGAAGGGUAUCAAGAGUUGGGUUGAGACGAUUGAGAUUGGUGAGGAGGGAUUGAAAACGGCGUUGACGAGGUUGCAUAAUAAUGAUGUAAGGUAUAGAUUUACGAUGGUGGGUUAUGAGAAGUGCUUUGGUACUUAAAAUGAAUGGGUUAUUGCUCGUUUGUAAGAUCUUAUGUAGGCGAAAUAUUAAGCUUACAUCUUUACCAAUAUAUAUGUAUUUG